AUGACACAUGGAAGAUAUCAACAUCUUGCACCGCCAUCGAAAGUGGCUACAGAAAAUCGUCUUCACUUCUUUGGUCAUAUAAUAAGGAGACGAGGAGAUCGCCUUGUACAGCGAGUUUUGAGGAAAUAUGGAAUAGCGGCAAAUGGAUUGAUUCUGUGCAAGCUCUCGCAGGAGAUCGAGAAGGUUGGGCAGAGCUGUGUUCAAGGGCGACACACAUCGGCGAAGAUGCGAGUAAUCGCGUCAGACGAUGACGACAGCUCGCCGAUGAAGCCAAACCAAGCCGACACGUGCACGACUCGAUAUGGAGACUAUCUCAGACUUUGUUCGUGGAAUGCGAGAACAGUGUCCACAGACGCUGAGCUAAAUACCCUUCUCGGAGCUGCAGAGCGUAUCAAAUUCUACGUGUAA